CUUAAUGUUCAACUCUCUUAUAUAAAUGGCAAUCGUAUCUCCAUGAACCUCUUCUUUCCAUUCCAGCUGACAUUUAUUUGUACACACAUUCAUUAUAUUCAUAGUCUCAUAUUCUUUCCAUCCACAAAGGGUCAUCGUUUUUUGAGAGGAUAAGGCUGUUUUUUGGCCAGUUCAUUAUAUAAAUACGUACAUAAACACACACAUACAAUUUUGGCUUUUGGGUCAUCUGCAUCAGAAAAUUUUGAUACAUACACAAACAAAGAACAAACGAUUUCAGCCAUUAAAACUUGAUGAAGAUGGAAACCGUGGUAAAGGGAUCUGACCCUUUUGAGGAGAGAACAUGUUCAGCACCGCAACCGCCGCCGCUGCCGGGGCCAGCAACCACUUACUCUAAGAGGCCAGUGGUGGGUGGUUCCUCCUCAUCAUUUAGAGGAUACCGCUGUGUCCCUGCAGCCACGACAGACUUGUGGGAGCGCUUGUUUGACGAAGGUUACAAGGCAGAUGUGUGUGUUCAUACUGAGAACGGCGGCACCAUUUAUGGACACGCCAACGUUCUUGGUAUGGCUUCUCCAGUGUUAAGACAAAUGUUAAAACAAGCAAGAAAGCAUGGUCAUCAACGAUCAAUUUCAAUUGUUGGUGUUCCUUCUGAAGCAGUUCGAGUCUUCAUUCGAUUCUUAUACUCUUCCUGUUAUGCGAAAGAAGAAAUGGAUGAAUUUGGCUUACACUUGCUGGUGCUUUCUCAUGUGUACGCAAUUCCCCAGCUGAAACGAGAGUGUGAAAGGCAGAUAGAGCAUGGUCUGAUCACCACAGAGAAUGUGGUUGACAUAUUUCAACUUGCAUUGCUCUGCGACGCUCCUCGCCUUAGCUUCAUCUGUCACCGUAGGAUCUCGAACAACUUCAAAUCCGUUUCAGCUACAGAUGGGUGGACAGCAAUGAAGCAAAGUCAUCCGGUGCUAGAAAAAAUACUCUUAGAAUUCAUCGCUGAUGAAGAUAAUAGGCGAAAGAAGAGAGUAAGAAACAGAAACGAGAGUCAAGUCUACUUGCAACUAUGUGAGGCUAUGGAGGCUCUUGUACAUAUAUGCAAAGAUGGUUGUAGAACAAUUGGUCCACAUGAUAAGGACUUCAAGGUGAACCAAAAUCCUUGCAAUUUUGCAGCCUGCAAGGGUCUGGAAUCGCUUGUUCGCCAUUUUUCGAGUUGUAAAUUGAGAGUUCCUGGUGGUUGUAUCCAUUGCAAGAGAAUGUGGCAGCUUUUGGAAUUACAUUCUCGUCUUUGUGCUGAUUCUGAUGUUUGUAGAGUCCCUUUGUGCAGGACUUUUAAGGAGAGAAGUAGGAAACAAAGUAAGAAAGAAGAGAUAAAGUGGACAAUAUUAGUGGAGAAACUUUUAAGAACAAAAUGCUUCUCAGGAAGGCCAUUUUUUUCAAGGGCAAUUACUGUCAAUUCUUAAUGACAGCAAACUAUCUAGUUUGUUCUUAUGUAAAAUGUUUCCAUUUUAUAGUGCUGUUGUAUGUAGUUUGUAGUCCAAUCAUAAUUAGAUUAAUAAUAAUAAUAAAAGUACUUCACUAAACAGUGAUGCUUUGUCUUUUA